AUGGUGUUACAUCGGCCACAAAGCUCUCGACAAAGCCAUCGAGCUCUACAAGAAAACCUAUCUAUCCUGGCGGAUCGACCGCGAAAUUCAUCUUCAAAUUUCUACCAUACUAUCUCGACUUCACGGCACCGAGUCGUCCAGGAAUACCAUGGGAGACGCGAGUAUGUCAGAAAAAUGGCGUGGAACGUGUCGAUGCUAUCCGAAAACGUCUCCAGCGUGUCGGACGUCUGCAUGGUACUGAWUUCAUUUCGAGCGCACUUUGAGGAAGAUGGGGAUAUUACUUCACAUGCUCUCCUGAUUCGGGCAGCUGUACUUACUCGCUGGGUUUCCGGAGCAGGAGGUAAUUUCGCUUCUGGCGAGUGA